GGGGAGGUGCCACGGCCGGGCCGCCCUUCCCGUCUCGCACCGGGCGGAGCCACAGCAGCGGGGCCGGGGCCGGGGCCUGGGCCGGGGCGGUGGGCGCAGCCAUGCUGAGCCGCCUGGGCGCUUUGCUACAACAAGCAGUGGAGACGCGGGAGCCCAGCGUGGACCUGCUGGAAGCUUUCACCGAGCACUGGAAAGGCAUCACAGGCUACUACUUGGAGACCACGGAUGAGAGCAUCUCAGCCAGACAAACGGACAUCCCGUGGCGCCUCAAACAGAUGCUGGACAUCUUAGUGUACGAGGAGAAGCAGCGCCCAGUGGGGGAGACUGGGCCAUGCCUUGAGUACCUGCUGCAGCACAAGGUCCUGGAGACCCUUAGCACACUGGGCAAGGCAGAGUACCCUCUUGGAAUGAGGCAGCAGGUCCUCCUCUUCUUCAGCCGGGUGCUGGGGCAGGUGCAGCACCCGCUUCUGCACUACCUCCAUGUCCACAGACCAGUGCAGAAGCUGCUCCAGGUCAGCAGCAAUUGCCUGGGCUCUGACACAGAGAAGGAGGAGGUACAGUUCGCAGGCGUCCUCUGCAUGAAGAUGAAGCAGGAUCCCACCCUGCUGGUGCACAUCCUGGAGGUGGGCAGCUCCCCAGACAUUCCUGUGCUGGGCAAGAGCAUCCUGAAUGGGAGGAGACCCCAGCAGCUGCCAGCCAAGCCCAUGGAAGAGGAUUUGGAGCAUCCCCUGGACACUGCUGCUGGCUCCCCCCGAGUGGAUCCCUCUCCACCACGGAGGGACAGCAACCUCAUCACCUCCUUGGUGAGACUGUGCAAAAGCCAGAAGAGCAGGGUCGCACUGAAGGCUCAGGAAAACCUGCUCUUGCUUGUUGGGCUCGCCCAGGAGGCAGCUGCUGCUUGCCUGGUGCAGAGCAGCACUCUGUGCCAGCUGCUGACAGAGCAUCUCUGUGACCUCUACAGCACCGUGCCUGCCUGCACCAACCCCGCCGACAUCCUUGCCCUGGAGAGGGCCAGCUGGAGAUCGCAGGGUGAUGCUGCUGGCGAGGGGGUUUUCCCGGGGAAGGAGAGCCUGACUGCCUUCUUCAGCUGGCUGGACUACCUUGAUGAGCUGGUGAUGGACGCCCAGCCGGUUGUUGCAGAUGCCAUCAGCAAAGCUGUGGAGGAAGAGUUUUUCCAGAGCACCCUGCAGCCACAGCUCCUGCAGAUGUCCGAGUUCGAUGUCCUCAGCGCCACAGCCAUGCUGACAGGAACGGUGCGGCAGAUCUGUGCACCUCCGCUGCUCCACCGCCUCGUGCUCUUCCUGCUGGGGCCAGACCGGUACCCUGAGACUCCAGGUGACAACUCCCACCCUCUGCGCACCCAGCUCAUUGACCGCUGCAACCACCUUUCCGACGAGAUCAGCCUGGCCAGCCUGCGGCUCUUCGAGGAGCUCCUGCGGAAGCCCCACGAGCAUGUGGCGUACAGCCUGGCACUGAGAAACCUGGAGGCAAGAGGCUACCUGCAGUGCAGUCUCCCUGCACCAGAUGAGCGUGGACUCCCUGAGCCAGACCCUGAUGAAGAUGGGCUGGACCUGGAGGAGGAUCCCUACUUCACUGAUGGAUACCCAGAUACCAGCUUUGGGACAGUAAAAAAGCCUCUGCCAGGAUUGGCCCCAUCGGGGAAGGGGCGAGUGGGCGAGGUGGUCAGCAGCUUCCUCUGCCUGGUCCCCGAGGAAGCAAAGACUUCAUUGUGCACGGAAGAAGGUGGCUAUGACACCUACGUGCACGAUGCUAUGAGCAUGGUCCAGGUGUGCCGUGCCAGUGCAGCCUCGUGGGGGUGGUCCCAAGCUCCCCUGCCGCUUGGUGCCUGCCACCCCGAAGUGACAUUUUAUGAGGGCCACUUCCUCAAGGUGCUGUUUGACCGGAUGAGCCGGAUCCUGGACCAGCCCUACAGCCUGAACCUGCAGGUGACCUCAGUGCUGUCCCGCUUGGCCGCCUUCCCCCAUCCCCACCUCCAUGAGUACCUGCUGGACCCCUACCUAAACUUGGCACCUGGCUGUCGCUCACUCUUCUCCAUCCUCGUCAGGGUAAUCGGAGACCUGAUGCAGCGUCUGCAACGUGUCCCCCAUUUCAGGGCCAAGCUGCUCCUGGUGCGCCAGCAGCUCAUGGGGCUGGUGCCUGGAGAGCAGGUGGACCACACAAUGCUCUUCAAGGGGGUGGUGGUGCUGGAGGAGUUCUGCAAGGAGCUGGCUGCCAUUGCCUUGGUCAAAGGACCUCCAGAGGGACCCCCCUGAGCUGUAGUCCCCCUUGGCCAAGCACCCUUCAGGCUGUGGUGGCUACCGAGGAUGGUCCAACCCGGCUGCUGGUGACCCAUCUUGGACCAGUGGCAACCCAGGAAGGACACCGGCCUCACAGCACCCAGCAAGGAGGAAGAGGAGGCACAGUGCCCUUCACCACCACCUUGGCCAACAGGGAGAUAAUGCCACCUCCCCAGCAUAGGUUGCAGGCCCCCUGGGUGUAAAGUGAACUAUGCUGUAUUUCCUCUUGGGUGGCGGGUUCCUGCUCUUCCUACUCUGGGUGGGGGCUGCCCCAAGCCCCCACCAACCUCAAACAGGAUCUGUGCAUGUGUGUGUGUGUUUGUGGCUCUGACCUCGUCAGGAUGGUGCACCCCGAAAGCCAGGCACUCUGUCCCCUGGGUGAUGGGACUCUGCUGCAAUAAAGCCGUGACCUCAGCACUAUGUGCUGUGCCACUGCCA